AUGUCCAAAAGAGUUAAAGAUAUACCAACGGAUAAUGGUGAGAAGAAGAAAAGGAAGCAUCUGUCUUUAUCAAUAGCUCAGAAAGUAGAGUUAUUACAGAAGCUUGAUGCUGGUGUGUCUGUAAGGUGUCUUACAGAAGAAUAUGGUGUAGGGACCACCACCAUAUAUGACUUAAAGAAACAGAAAGACAAAUUGCUGAAAUUUUACAGUGACAGUGAUAACCAAGAACUAAUGAAAAACAGAAAAACAUUACAUAGGGCCAAAAAUGAAGAUCUUGACCGUGUGUUAAUUGAAUGGAUUCGACAACAAAGAAGCAAUGAUAUGCCCCUGACUGGUUUAUUGGUCAUGAAACAAGCUAGAAUAUACCAUGAAGAACUGAACAUUGAAAGUGAGUGUGAAUAUUCAGAAGGGUGGCUGCAAAAAUUUAAAAAGCGUCAUGGAAUCAAAUAUCUUAAAAUGUGCGGUGAAAAAGCUUCUGCGGAUCAUGAAACAGCUGAAAAUUACAUUGAUGAAUUUGCUAAGAUAAUAUCUGAUGGAAACCUUAGCCCUGAACAAAUUUACAAUGCUGAUGAAACAGCUCUGUUUUGGUGCUAUGUUCCUAGAAAAACCUUAAUCAUGGCCGAUGAAAAGGUACCAACAGAUUUCAAGGAUGCCAAGCAAAGGUUAACUGUUCUUGGAUGUGCUAAUGCUGCAGGUACACAUAAGAUAAAACUGGCAGUGAUUGGGAAAAGCCUACCUCCAAAAUGUUUAAAAGGUACUGGCAGCUUACCUGUGCAUUAUUAUGCAAACAAAAAAGCAUCAGUAACCAGAGAAAUCUUUUCUGAUUGGUUCAAUAAGCACUUUGUGCCAGCAGCACGAGCUCAUUGCAAGCAAGCCGGACUAGAAGACAAUUGCAAAAUUUUACUGUUCCUAGACAACUGUUCAGCACAUCCCCCUCCAGAACUUCUUGUGAAAAGUAAUGUUUUCAGCAUCUUCCUUCCCCUGAAUGUGACAUCCGUAAUACAGCCUUGUGACCAAGGAAUUUUACGCUCCAUGAAGAGCAAAUAUAAACACUUUUUCUUAAACAGCAUGCUUGCUUCAGUGAACAGAGGCCUGAAAAUCCAGGACUUCCUUAAAGAAUUUAGUCUCAAGGAUGCCAUCUAUGCAAUUGCUAAUGCAUGGAAUGAUGUUGAUAAGUCAACAUUAACAAAUGCUUGGCACAGACUUUGGGCUACAAUGAUGUUUGAAAAUGACCUUGCUGAUGAGGAUUUUGAAGGAUUUAGAGAUUCUAAUGAGAAGAUCAUGAUAUCAAAACUUAUUACUUAUGCCAAAAGUUUAUCAGCUGAAAGUGUAAAUAAGUUAGAAGAAGCUGACAUUGAAGAAAUACUGAACAUUGAUAAUGAUGUACCCGUUGUGCAUCCUUUGAGCGAGGGGGAUUUUGCUGAAAUGGGUGUAAAUACAAAUCAGUAUGAAGAUAGUAGCAGUCACGAUGAUGACAUGAACACAGGUGAAAAAAUCUCUAUAGAACAGCUGGUGAAAAUGUGUGACCAGUUAAUUGCUGGUCUUGAACAAUGUGCAUUCAUCAGUGAGCAAGAGACCAUGGCGAUUUACUCAAUUAAAGAGAAAUUGCUUAGACAAAAACCUGUGUUAAGGAGGCAGAUGACACUGGAAAAGGCCUUUUAA